AUGGCGGCGGCUCCUCUUGUUCUCCGCCGUCCCGCCCGCAGGGUCCGUCCCUCCGCACCCGGGAGAGCCCUCAACGCUGGGCCCUGGUGUGGAGCUUGCUGCUGGGGGAGCUCGGUUCGGGCGCGGGGAGCUGCGGGGCCAAGCCCGUGUCCCCUCAGGGACAAGCCGCUAUCGUCCCACUCUGGACGGAGAAGCCUUUCCGCGUCCCGAGGGACAACGGCGGGCGAGGCAGACCGGCCGCCCGCCCCUUCCUGCUCCCUGUCCCCGCAGGUGUCGAGAAGAUGCUAAUGGUGGUUUACCAGGCCCCGGCCCGAUGAAGCCACCGUCGCUUCGGGGCUCGCUUCGCGGCCCGUCCCCGCGCAGCGGCCUCCUGGGCCAUUGGUGAAGCACCGACUGGAGGGGAGGCGGUUGCGUUCGACGUUCCAUCGCUGGGAUUCCAGCCGUGACGCGGGCCUGCCUGCCCCGGGAAGCCCACCUGUUGGCCCCGUUUAACCGUUUGUUCUGGAGCUGUCUCCCGGCGAGGGUGGACGGCUCUCAGGGCAUCCUGCCCCACUGUGAAGAGGGCUUUUUAACACUGAGCUUCCCAAUCGUUAUCAGCUGUUACCUGUGGGGUGGACAAUCAGCAGGGGAAGCUGCAGCAGUGCCCUGGAGAGAUUUUUCCACAUGAGGAGUAAAAAUGAUCUUACACCCAAAAGGGACAAUAAGAAAUCUGGAGAGGGACUUUUUACAGCGACAGGACAAGAGGGAAUGGCUUUAAGCUGACGGGGGAGAUUUAGAGGAGAUAUUAGAAAAAACAUCUUCACUAUGAAGAUGGAAAGGCCUUGGCACAGGUUUCCCAGAGAACUCUAAAGGAGGCAAAGAGGGAAGCUGUGGAGCGAAGCACCUGGGGCAGGAAUAACACUUUAGGGCAGCCCUUGUUGCAGGAGGUUCAGUAGCUUUUCACGCCUGCGGGGAGUUUAAGGGAUGGUGGUGCCUGGAUUAAUUAAAACGACCAUUCUCAUUACUUUAGGAACUCAAUUAUCGCUCCACUUAUGCUUCAGGGCUUUAGUCAAAGAAGAUGCGUGAGCGCCGGCCGCAGAAGUGCGAUGUGGCAGCAGCCCUGCAGAGGGCACGGCAGCCCCGCGCAGCGCCCGCCGCUCGGACCUGCUGCUUCGGUCACCGUUCCAUUGAUUUCUUCUUCCCGGCCCCCGCGUUUUAGCCGAACCUGCAUCCGGGAGCUGAAUGGGGAGCGGGGCAUUUGUUUGAAUUCCUACGUAAGGAAAGGUGUGAGGUUUUUCUCGGUUUAGCUCUGCGAAGCCAAGACUCGUCUGCAACACUCCUGCUCUUUCUGUCCGCGGCUAAAUCUGCGGAAUUAGAGCGCUGAACCUACCGGACAAUAUCCUACAAACUAGGCAGGGAGGAAGGAUGGUCUUCCCUGCCCGCAAGGCAGACGUGGCACACAUGAGGCUGUACCGCUGCCCGGCACCGCCCGCUCCCCUGUCAGCAGGCUCUGUGCUGGGAGCAGGCACAGUGUUGAGGUUCUCUCCUGCUCCAGCACCCCAACACCGAGCGCAGCUGUGGCCUCAGCCCUGGGGCUGCGGGAUUCCUCUGGCAGGCACGUCCCUCCACCUGCGGUUUCCUCCACCAUGCCGUAUAAUCCACCACAGGAGAAGUCUUAGAGUUCAAUAAAAAUACGAAAGAUCUUCUCAGGAAUAGCAUUUGCUAUCUCAAACAAGCUCCUCUGUGCCUCUGGAUAACACUACUUCCUUAUCCUCACCAGGACGGUGUAAGGACAGCGAUUUUAAUGGUGAUUUUAAAAGGUCUGUGUUUUCAUGUGAGCUGGAAAGGUCAGCGUGACUGCGGUGGUCGUCUGCCAUCUGUAUAACCCCUGCAACCUGACAGGUGUCUCGGCGUGGCUGGUGGCUGCUAAAACACCCUCGAGGACACCCUUGUCGGGUUGGAAACGUGGCUUUGCCGACGGCGCGGGCGGAGAUGAGGACGGCGGAGGACUCGAACGGGACGGUCCUGCACCGCCUGAUCCAGGAGCAGCUGCGCUACGGGAACCUCACGGAGAACCGCACGCUGCUGGCCAUCCAGCAGCAGGCCCUGCGCGGCGGCGGCGGCGCCGGCAGCCCCCGCUCCUCCCUGGAGAGCCUCAGCGCCGAGGAGAGCCAAAUGGUGCAGCAGUCCACGCGGCAGGAGCCCCAGGGCCAGGAGCAUCACUCCGACCACAUCUACUUGGAGAACAGCGUCUAUCGGCUCUGCCAGCCCCAGCACAAGGUUGAGGAGCUUCCGAGCUACGAGGAGGCCAAGGCGCAUUCCCAGUACUACGCCUCGCAGCGGGGCGGGCAGCAGCAUGGAGGGGCCGGCACGGGGAUUCGGGGUGAAAACAGCCCGCGCGGGGCUGAGAGCAGCAGCGCCCGACGCCCCGAUGAGGGGCUGAAGGACCUGAAGCACGGCCACGUGCGGUCACUGAGCGAGCGGCUGAUGCGGUUGUCACUGGAGAGGAGCGGGGCCAACACGCAGAGCCCCAUCAGCGCCUCACACAGCUACCCCCAGCUCUCCCGUCACCACCAGCUUGCUGUCCUGCAAGGGCAGCACCCCGAGGGGCCGGAGCCACGGGGGCCCCCCCCGGAGUAUCCCUACGUCAUCCCUUCCCAGGACACUUACCUGGCUGAACCCCGACCCUGCUCCCAGGAAGGUCCUGGAUUUCAGCAUCCCGAAAUCAGGGUGCUGUCCACCCAUGUCCCCACCGCUUUCCUGCCGCUGCCAGGCGCUCUGUGCCCGGGCACGCUGGGUCCUGCCGGCGUGGAGGCACUGGUGAGCGCCCAGGCAGUCUCAACCAGCAGCCGCCUGGCCCGGGUAGACGCUGUCCUGCGGGACAACGAGAGGCUCCAGCAGGACAAUGAGAAGCUGCGGCGGGAGCUGGAGAGCUGCUCCGAGAAGGCGAGCCGCAUCCAGAAGCUGGAGAGCGAGAUCCAGCGCAUCUCGGAGGAUUAUGAAAACCUCGUCAAGGCCUCUUCCAAGCGGGAAGCCUUGGAGAAAGCCAUGAGGAACAAGAGAGAUGGUGAGAUGCGGCGGCUCCAGGACUUCAACCGGGACCUGAAAGAGCGGUUGGAAUCAGCGAACAAGCAGCUGGCCAGCAAGACCCAGGAAAGCCAGGACAGCAACCAGGGCAGCGUGGCCAAGCUCCUGGCGCAGAGCUACGAGCACCAGCAGGAGAAGGAGAAGCUGGAGCGGGAGGUAUCCCUGCUGCGCAGCGCCAACGAGGACCAGCGUCGGCGGGCAGAGCUGCUGGAGCAGGCGCUGGGCAGCGCCCAGGCGCGGGCAGGCAAGGCGGAGGCCGAGCUGCGGAAGAAGCGUGCCUAUGUGGAGAAGGUGGAGCGGCUGCAGGCAGCCCUGGGGCAGCUCCAGGCCGCCUGCGAGAAGCGGGAGCAGCUGGAGCUGCGGCUCCGCACCCGCCUGGAGCAGGAGCUGAAGAUGCUGCGGGCUCAGCAGAGGCAGGCAGGCGCUGCGGGCGCCGGGACGCCGGAGCUGAGUGCACACACGCUGUCCGAGCAGCUGAGGGAGAAGGAAGAGAAGAUCCUGGCCCUGGAGGCUGACAUGACCAAGUGGGAGCAGAAGUACCUGGAGGAGUGCACCAUGCGGCAGUUUGCCAUGGAUGCCGCAGCCACUGCAGCCGCCCAGAGGGACACCACCCUCAUCAGCCAGUCCCCGCGGCACUCCCCCAACAGCAGCUUCAACGAGGACCUCCUCCUGGCCAGCCACAAGCACCAGGAGAUGGAGAACAGGUUAAAAGCCCUUCAUGCCCAAAUCCUGGAGAAGGAUGCUGUCAUCAAGGUCCUGCAGCAGCGCUCGCGGAGGGACCCCAGCAAAGCUCUCCAGGGCUCCCUACGACCGGCCAAGUCUGUGCCCUCCAUCUUUGCUGCCUCUGCGGCCCCGAGCUGGCCAGGGACUGGCCAGAGUGACCGGCUGGCUGAGGGCAGCUCCCGCAGCAGCACAGCAGGCAAAGCCACCGGUGAAGGAGCAGCAGCGCCUGCUGCUCUGCCCCUGCCAUCCCACUCCAAGCACGGCAGCAAGGAUGGCAGCACGCAGACGGAUGGGGCAGCUGAGAGCAGCAGCCAGGGUGAGGGCACUGAGCGCCCGGCUGGUCUGAUGGAGAGCUCGGCUGAUGUCAGAGCCCCUGACCUGUCUGACAUGGUGGAGAUCCUGAUUUAAGGCCACCCAAGGACUGCACGCCAGCCCCUCUCCCUCCUACCUGCACUGGAUCGGGGUGGCAGAGCCUGCAGGAGGGAGGACUGAGCCUGGAGCUCAGUGGUGACCCCGUGGCUGGUCUCAGCGGAUGGGCCACGGUCCCCACUCAGCACCCACAGGGGUCUCCAGCUGUGCAGGGCACGCUGGAGCCCAAGGACCCUGCAGUGGCUGAGGGGCCUCGUGACCCCCCUGUGAACACACGGGUUUUGGACAACAGGAGCAAACCUAUUUAUCGUUCCAGCCUGAAGCAGGGGGCUUCUUCCCAUACCCUCCUUUGUUGGCUCUGUUCCCAUCCCGGCUCCAUCCCGGCUCCAUCCCCAUCCCACCUCUGGGUCUUGGCCAUUUGCAUCCACCCAAGUGCCUGGCCUCCGACUGGAAAAUCCCUCUGUGUUUGCCCAAACUGUAUCCACAAGCUCAUGUCUUUGCUCAAUGACAGAGUUGGGAGGGAUCCUCUGGGAUCCCAUCAACCACCCGGAUCAUGGCCAAGCCAAGCGCCAGGACCCCCAUCCCUCCGUCAUCUGCAUCCAUCACCUCGCAUCCUUCCUCUGGGUUGUUAUCCUGGGCUGGCAAGGGGUUUGGGAUUGGGUGCUGCCGGAGCAACAGAGAAAAUGAUGAUGGAGGGAAUAAAAGGUGGAGGAGAAAUCCCUGGAAACUGGAGGUGGAACUCAGAGGGAACCGAGGAUGGCUGAUGGCAUCGCCCCUCUUAUGGCUUCAUCCCUUGGCUACCGGCAGCUGGCUUCUGCCUGUAGCCAGUGCUGAUGCCUUGCUCCUCUGAGCUCAGACACCUCCCGUCCUUGCCCUUCAUCUAUAUAUAUAUGUUCUUUCUCUCUCUCUUUCUCUUUCUUUCUUUCACUGUGUGUGUGCAUUUGCUGGACAACUGCAUUUUUUACUCUUCUCUCCCAGACACGUACCAAACGCCUUCGGUUCUCGUGUGUUGUUUACAAAGUGGAAAACGAACGAACAAAAGUUAUGAAAGAGGAAAAAAAAAAAAUCCCCCCGACUUAAUAUAUUUUAUAUUAAUAUUGGUAUUUCUUUGUAAGUAUUUUUGUUUUCGUGCUGUGAACUUUUUUUUUUCCCUGCCAAAGACGAUGAGUUCUUGUUUGUGCGUUUUAAGUUAUCUUGAGUAUUUAAACGUAAACCUGGCUGUUUCGUUGUGCCGCCCUAUACCGAGAUUGCUGUAGCAUUCCACUUGGUAUAACAGUAUUUUAAUAAAAAAACCCAAAUAUUGA